AUGACUGUCCGGCGCCCCUUGAGUUUCCCGACCGUUACCCGUCCGCUCCACAACAACGCCGUGCGACAGCCUGGACCAUUGUCGCGAAGGACAAUGUCGACGCCUCCAAAUCCCUCACAAGCCCCAAAGUCGGCUCAAGCAAGCCCCAAAGAUUCCCAAUCCCAUCUACGUCGUUUCAAUGACCGACUACCACGAUUCCUUCGCACGUAUACAACUCCGCUUCUAGGAGCUCCUGUCACACAUGUCACCUCCUUCCUGGUCUUACAUGAAAUCACCGCGAUACUGCCGCUGUUCGGGCUGGUUGCUGCGUUCCACUACAGCACAUGGCUGCCGGAUCUUAGCUCGGAUUCUGAGUCAGGGACAAGCAACGCCUUUGAUGAGGGAGCGAAGCGAUUCGGGCGGUGGCUGAGGAAGAAGGGCUGGGUUGAGGAAUCCGAUGUCAAUGCCGUCGCGGAGCACGAGGUUGCGCAAAAAGAGCGAGCUGGAGUACGACUGGUGCUGGAAUUCGCUACGGCAUAUGCAAUUACAAAAGCUUUACUGCCCCUCCGUAUAGCAGCUAGCGUGUGGGCUACGCCGUGGUUUGCCAGGACGAUUCUUACGCCAACCACAAAUGCAGCUAGGAGGCUGUUCAGCAAGAGCUGA